AUGAAGCCCUCAAUUCUUAUUGUCCCCGGCGCUUGGCAGCUGCCCUCCGCUUUCCAGCCUUUCGCUACCGAGCUGGCCGGCUCCGACUUCAACACCUCCAUUGUAGCUCUCCCCACCGUCGGCGGUACCACCACGCCCCUGGCAUCCCUCUCCGACGAUGUUGCCGCCGUGCGCACCGAGCUGGACAAGCUUGUUUCCGAUGGCAAGGAGGUCGUCAUCUACUCUCACUCCUACGGUGGUGUCGUGGCCAGCAACGCUGUUGAGGGCUACGACGUUGCCACUCGCUCCGCUGCUGGUGCUUCUGGUGGUGUUGUGAGCAUCGUCUACGCCAGUGCUUUCAUGCUCCCCAAAGGUUCCAGUUUGCUCGACCUUCUCGGCGGCGAGCCUCUUCCUUGGAUGAUUGUCGAGGGGGACCGUGUUGUUGGCAACGCCACUUUGCUCCCCGAGGUCGGCUUCAACGACCUUCCUGCCUCUGAGCAGGAGAAGUGGGCGUCCGAGAUGACCUGGACCGCUCUCGGUGCCUUCACCAACGCCUCCGGCUACGAGCCUUGGAGCAACGGCAUCGACUGCGCCUACCUCUAUGCCACCAUUGACAACGCACUACCUCUCAGCUACCAGCAGGGCAUGUCCGCCGUCCUGCCUGCCGGCUCCAAGACGGAGACCGAGCCUAGCGGUCACUGUGCUCACCUUAGCAGGCCGGCAAAUGUGACUUCUAUCCUCAGCAGAUGGUACCCGGGCAACUAA